AUGGACGGUGGCAGCAGUCUGUAUGACAUGGAUGCCAGCCGAUUGCUGCCCGAGUUCGGAGGGCUCCUCCGUUGGAAGAAGGGACAGUUGCAAAAGGCCUUGAGGAUUGCCUCUGCAGAAGACGGCGUGCGGCCUCAUCAGGCGGACGCCGACACGUUUAUUGUGGAUUCUGACUCAGCCAACUGCCGGAUCGUGGACGUGGCUGUAUGUGAAUGCAGCUGCCCCAACCCGAAUCCACCGUGCUCUCACCUACUUGCCGUUGCUCUAUGGCAACCCCAGCAGCACAUGCACCAGCUGCAAACCUUCAGACUCCGCCUGGCGAUCAGUACUUUUGUCAAGCAACAGCUGCUCAAGGUGCUUUCCGAAGCCUUCGUUCCUCUUAAGCCCCUCAGCUGCGAGCCACUGCUGGAAGAACUCUGCAUGCGUUUGUUGCGAAGACAUCCAGCUGCGGUUGCUGCCCGCGCCGCCGCAGGGCUUGUCGUCGGGUUAUUGCUGCGCUUUGCUCAGAAUGCCAAGGGAGUGCUGCCUCAAAUUCCUUCCACCGAGGGAGGAGGGAACGGUGUGAUGCAGACUCAAGAAGACGUGCGGCUUGACUCAACGGAGACGACCUCCAGCAGCAGCAAUAAGCGCAGUCUCUGUGCUAGUAGCAGCAGCGAGGCGUGUUCAGGAGAUCCUGCUGCAGAGCGAGGCUCUGUGUCGUCCCCUGAAGAGGCUGUUACCCGCCUUAUGCAGUAUGUACAGCUUCAUCUGCAGCAGCAAGGGGCAGCAACCGGGGGCUCCAGGGAGGGGCCUCUGAAGCAGCUGCAUGCACUGGAGACGUCCAUUUUUCCGGCAUCCGAUUCCUCUCAGGCGCAUUCUUUAUUGCGGUUGCUGCAGCGCGAUGAAGCGCGGGCUGCUGCUGCCGCCAUAGAGGAGGCGCUGCAAUGGCAAGGCACACACACGGGAGACGGAAACUCACUAUCUGGCCUUGCGAAUGAGGCAGCGUCGAUCGAGAUAUAUGUGCAACUGGCGCUGUUGUUGCUGGAAGCCUCAGGAGCAGCGGCAGCAGCAGGCGAUGUAGAUCUAAACAUGCAACAGCAGUGGCUACACCGUGUGUGUCUUCGGCUUGUGCAGUUGCACUUUUCUCCUGCUGCUGCUUCUUCCCUAUGGUGUAGCAACGCACUGUCUGAUGCUGCAGCGCUCAGCAAGUUUCUCGCAGCUUUGCGUGAGUCGAUGUUCACGGAUCCCCGAACCUUCCGAACGGAGGAGUCUUCCAAACCUGCCGCCUUGCUGCCUGCUCUGAGGGGCGAGGAUGAGGCCCUUUCUCCCGCCUUGCACAACAGUAUUGCUGCGGAGCUUCAGCGGCAGUCCAGCAGCGGCAUUCGCCUAGCCGCAGCGCUCUGCAACCCCUGGCGGCUCGCCUCAGCGCUCGCGGCGAGCUUCCGCUAUUCCCACACGCAGCAGCAGCAGGGGACAGCAUCUGUGUCUUCCCAGCAAGCAGGCACGUACGAGCAAUGUCUGCAGCUUCUCGUGUCGCAGCCAGAGAGCCUCACGGCCUUGCGGGGGAAGCAGCGAAUGGAAGCCGCUGUUACCUGGCAAUCCGUUGCCGAGCGAAUUGCCACGGCUCCCGAGCUCGUGGAGUUGCGUACAUACCUCGACUGGUCCGAGACUCUAGAUCCUCUUUUUGGAAGUCUUGACUCCUUUCUUCAGCGCCAUGGGCAUGCACCGUUUAGGGCCGCUAGGAACACCAGCGGCAUGGGCAGCGGUCGGAGCACCACUUUGUUGGAUCGGAGCUUCUUCUUGAGCGUCGAAGGCGGCGGCAUCCUUCGCGUGCGGAAAGCGACUCAGGAGACUCUUUCGGAGCUGCUGGAAGCCGUCAGUACCAGAGAGGCCUCCACCGCUGUGAGGGCUCUUGCGGCGCUGUUGGGGCAAAGGCAGGAGACAGGAUCUGGUGGCAGUGGCGGAGAAGUUCAUUCGACCUCUUACGAUCCCAUGACCCUCCAGAUACACAUUUGCAACCAUCUGAGGCAGCAGCAGGCGCAGGAGCAGCAGGCGCAGGAGCAGCAGGACGAGCAGCAGCACCAGGCGUGGGGAGACUUCUGCUGCAGGGUUCUUGCCGAGGCUCCGAGGGCCUUCGUGGACGGAUGCGUUGUAAUACUUUUGGCACCGCUGUGCGAGGUGUUUGGAUCUGGCGUUGUUUUCGCCGCAGUAGAAGCUUUCAAUUCAACGCUCAAGUGCCGAAAGCAGCAGCGCGAGCUAACGUCUCUGGAGAAAGCGACGGCGGAAAGGGUCCCCUCUGCCCCAGAGUCUGGCUUGCUGCGGCUGCUACAGACAAAUGUCGCCUUCAAUGCCUUGUCGUCGCAUCUCCGCAAGGCGCUGCAACGGUGCGUUCAUCUGCUCCUGCCGCCUCGGGAGGCAGGAGAGCUAUGGGAUGCCUUGCAACGCGAGCACUAUGAAGAAGAAGAGCAGCAGCAACAGCAACCCAGUUCUCAGCAUACCUCGCUACAGCUAGAGCACGAGGAGCACCCGCAGGAUUUUGAUGCUCGAAGCAGCAGCAGCCGUACGCAAGAGAAGGCCGUUCCCAUGGAGCAGCCUGUGCUCGCGCUUCUACCCCCCUCAAGCAGGGCAUGCCUUCCUGAACCCUCCGAAGACGGUGACACACUGCUGCUAUUCUCGGGGAGGACGACAGCAGGCUUAGGCUAUUUUAGCCGUCCACGGGCUGCAAAGGCAGCAGAACGCAGCUCAGUUGCUGCUUCUCACGCAGGUGCAGAUCUCUCGGAAGCACCGCAAACGGUGGCAGGCGAAGAUGCAGCAAUCGAUCUUUGGAAUGGCGAGAGUCCGGCAGCGUUUGUGCGCCGCUUACGCGCAGAGGAGUUCGGUGUGGGCCUAGGCAGCAGCCACAGCGACGUCGCUGAAAUUGCGCAUGAAGAAACAGCUGUGGAUGCUGUCAUGCGGAGGCAACGCGAGAGGCUGACGCGUGCCUUGGGGCGUUUGGCGGGAGAUCUGUACGCUGCGGAGGGUCACCUGCAGUUAGAGCUGCUUCAGAAUGCGGAUGACAAUACAUAUGUCCUCCCACUGCCUUUACCGCCGUCUCUGGUCUUACAGCACGAGCAGCGAGAGCAGCUGCUGCAACUGUCGCUGCGGCUUACGGCCCUUCAAGUGCCCGCUUUGCACUUCGAGGUCUUGGCAGAAGGCCUCUGCGUUUUUAACAAUGAAAGAGGCUUCAGGCCUGCUGAUUUGCGUGCCUUGUGUGACGUGGCGCGUAGCACGAAGGCCGUGCAAGAGGAGCACAAGCAGCAUAAGGGUGGCAGACGGCGCAUAGGCAAGUUCGGAGUGGGGUUCAAGUCCGUCUUUAGCCUUGCCGACGAUCCUCAUGUUUUUUCAUGCACGGGAGUGGCAAUCAAAUUCUCUGCCACAGACAAAAGUGGCCUUGGUUUCGUCCUGCCGCAUCCCCUGGAUCCCCCUGAUCCCAGCAGGUAUGUACCGUCAAAGGCUAUGGAAGGCGCUCUGCUUGCGGCUGCAGAUCCAGUUCUUUCAGCAGCAGGAGGCAGCAGCAGCUGCGAAGGCGGCAGCAGCAGCUGCUGCUGCGGCGCACUGGCAUCGUGUUAUUGUAACGCAAACGCGGCAACAGAGGCGGCAAUCGGGAUCUGGCGAACAAUCAUUUGGCUGCCCGUACGUCCAGCGCUGCUUGAGAAGUGGCAGGCGGCUCAUAGCAGCCUUCCCAAGCGUCUUUCUGUGGUGGAGCCGCACUGCCUCCUAUUUCUUCGCCGAAUUUGCCGUGUGUCCUGCCGCAGCCAGCCGAAUAAGAGCUGCUUUCUGCUAGUCAAACACACGUUCCAAUGUAUUGACUCCUCUGCCUUUGAGGGCCAGCAGCAAGAGCACCAGCAACAGCAACGGGGUCUUCGUCGCCAGACGUUUGGCUUGCCCAAAAGCGCUCGACACGUCGUUCUCACCUCACGUAGCCGCUCGCUAGCGAGCCCACUAACGGCAACACGAUCAUGCGACUUGUGGAGUGGGUGCACAAGCACGGCGGCUGGCGCUUGGAAGCAACAGCAGCAGCACUGGCUGCUCGUAGAGCACCUGGCGCCCUCUGCGCCUGUAGCGGGGGCUUUCGAUGAACCCCUCGUGGUGGCUUUGCCUUUGACUCCGGAAGGCUAUGCUGCUUCAACGUCUGCUGCUCCUCGUGCUGCCCACAAUGCGACAGGAAACGGCGAUCUAUGUGGCAGCGGCACCAACGACCUUGAAACCACGGGAGUCAGCGCGGGAUGGCCGCUUUAUUGCUUCCUCCCCGUGAGAGGCUUCGGACUCCCUUUUAUUCUGCAAGGCGCCUUCAGCCUAACAGCCUCUCGAGAGGACUUACAGUGUAGCGACCCCUGGAAUGCGAGGCUCCUGCAGCAGCUGCCCGCUGCUUUAUGCAGAGCUCUUUCUGUUUGCCGAGAUGUCCAUCCUGAACUGCAAGAGUCUCUGCUGCGCUUCGUUCCCCUCCCGAACGUCUACGCAGCCGCGGGGGGAUCUGCGGAGAUGGUCGCUGCCGCUACAUCUGCAGCAGUUGCGGCAAUAAAGGACCUUGAGUGCGUCCUUGCUGUCAACCCCCACAUCAGCGACGUGCAGCAGCAAGACCCCCAAGACCAAGCCGACGACUGUGUCUGGUGCUCGCCGGCUCGCGCAGUCAUUCCUUGGGGCACUACAGCGGGAGAAGGAGGUGGAUCGCUUGCCGAUAUCGCAUCUGGCGUGAGCAGCAGCAGCAGUCGUACCAGCAUCCAAACUGCGGACUGGCCAGUUCCGCCGUGGCUGCUGCACAAAGCUCUAGGCCUCCAUUACGUCCAUCCUCGAGUGCUGCGACACCUCCCCCCUGCACGACUGCGCGCACUCGGCAUGCGGGAGCUGACACUUUGGGAUGUAGUCGAAAUUUUGCGUUUUCUGGUCGCCUUGCGACAGCAGCAGCAUCAGGUGCACAAGCAUCUAGGGGCAUCGGUCUUGCAGCCGCAGUGGGUUGGCAGGCUUUUGCAGCUUAUCGAGUGCAUUCGCACAAAGGAUAAGGCGUCUCUGCGGCACCGUGCCGCCUUGGGAGUCCUUAAGGGCAUUCCUUUCAUCCCUACACGCUGCGGCAAUUUUGUUUCUGUGGACGGUGCGGAGCUGACUCUGUGUCUGCCAGACGACGCCUCUGCUGACCCUGCAGCCGACAGCCCACUGCCUUCCCUUGACGCAGAGUCUUCCGAAGCUCCUGCAGAGCCUGUAAGUGGUGCCAGCAGCGCCGCAUUUGUCCUGUAUGUGCAUCCCGCCGUCUUCAAGCCAUGGUCCAUCGGGCUGCGUCCGCCAGUCGGGGAGGCUGAGGAGCUUGUAGACGCGCAACUGCAGCAGCAAGGCGAGGACACUAGGCAGCUAGUGGAUAGCGAUAGGGCAUUGCAGCGAUCCUGCAUUGUGCGCUGCUUACGGAACCUGGGGGUGGACUUUCUUCAGCCGCAGCAGCUGAUGCGGCAUCGGUUGCUCCCGCUGCUGCAGGACGCGCAGUUCAGGGAGACAGCGACGGACUCCCAGCUGGUGGAGUGCCUUUCCUUCUUCGUCUUGCACUACCGAGACUUGGCAGCGCUGAUCGAGGCGGACCGUAGCUCUCCCAUCGACGGCGUUCGGCAGCGAAUGCUGUCGCUGCCGGUGUGCGUGGGGGAAAAGGGGGGUAAAAUUCCGCUCGGAGCCGCGUCAAUGCGCUAUGUGUGGCCGGACGACCACGGAUGCAGGGCUGAGGCACGCCACCAGGAAGCCGCUCUGCUUCAGCUGUACAGACAGCUGCUGCCAGAAAUAAUGUUCCUCUCAGCUGCAUAUGAUCCGGUCAUCGCCAUGCCGACCUGGAAGCCUUUUUGCGAGCUUUUGGGACUUCAACGGCUGAUGCACAUAUCUGCUGUAGUCUAUCAGCUGCAGUUCAGCGACUCGAGGCAGCAUCAUUCCUCUACGCAACAGCCAGCUCUCAAGAUUGUGUCUGUCGAUGGCUACCCAGUGCCUCAGGGCUGCUCCAGGGAGGCGGUGGAGGAUCUCGAGCUGCUGCUGGCUCGCCGAUGGAGGGGAUCUGCGUGCGAUUGGCUUAAAGCAGAAGUGCAGAAGCAGGCCCAUUGGGGGGACGCAGGUGUACGUGAUGACGAAAGCGUCGCCGCUGGUUCCGCGAAAACUUGCGUCUUUUUGCUGGAGGAUUUCCUAUGUCCAGACUUUGAGCGUCUUGUUGCCGCUGCUGCAACUGCGGCAGCGUGCAGCAGCAGCAGUGACAGCAGCAGCAGCAGCAGUGACAGCAGCUCCAGUCCUGCGUCGUGGUCUCAGUCUUUCUUACGACAGCCGCUUCAGCGCAUGCGUCAGCUGAAUGAGGACCUUCGGCAGGCAGAGAAUAUAUCCCUCCGUCUGCUGAGUGCAGUUCUGGCUGAAGCAGGACAGAGAUGGCAACGCCUCAAUGCCUUGCGAUGGUGGCAUGGUGCUGCUGCAACGUCUUCGGAAGCCUCCUUUUGCAAACCCCACCCGCUGCUCGCGAAGAAUUUAAACGCAGCAGCAGCCAGGGCGCGUUGGCUCCCGAAAGAUACUCCGAAUGCUGGAGGUACAGCAGCGUCUUCCCUGUUUGUGCAGCUGCGUUGCAGUGCGUGGCUUCCAGCAGUGGCAUGCGAUGCCCUGUCUGAUCUUGCCGUGGCAGCGGCAUCACAGGAAGCAAGCGGCGCGGAGGCGCAAGUCUUUGAGAUCGACUGCGAGGGAGAUGACGUGCUCACUGGUAAUAGCUCGAGCAGCAGCGAUAGCGAGCUCGAGACUGCUGGACACGCUGCCGGAGCGGGAGGCGACACCAGGAGAAUCAAUAGAAUCGCUGAUGGCAGCUGCACGCGAUGCAACGGCCGUGCUACCAGCGGUGACAUAUGCUGGCAAUGGAGGUUUGUGGGACUGCGAAGGCCUUUCGAGGUGGCAGCCCCAUCGGCGGAGUGCGUCGCGGUGUACGGACGCCUCGUCGAAUACCUCCACCCGUUAGUGUGGCGCUUGCUGCAGGAUCCGCAGCAGCAGGAGGCUCCCUUGGAAAGCGAAAGCCUGGAGGCCUUUGCAAGCCUAGCCCGCCACGAAAGCUGCCGUACGAGUGUGGGGAGUGGCAUCCAGCAGGCUGAAAAAUCCCUAGCCGCAGCCAGCCACAUAUUCCUACCCAAUGCGUCUUCUCUGGAGAAGGUGAAUGGCGGUAGAUCAACGGAAUCUUUCUCUCGUGCGUCCUGCUGGCUACGGGAACCGCUGCGAUCGCUCAGGCCGCCUGGAGUCUUCGCAGCAGCAACGGCAAGUAACGACGGGGAAAGCUGGACAUAUCAGGGAAUUCAUUGCAUGCCAGAUGAAGCCACAGCUGUCAACGUCCUGCUGUCUCUUUCAGCGCAUCUGAACCGCGCAGGGCAGCCCUCCAGGCAUCCCACAGCAGCAGCAACAACAACAACGCCUGCUCGAUCAGCGACAAUUGUAGAGUCCAGCCCCUUGUCAGUGGCACAGUGUUUCCUAGCGGCUGCUGGUGCGGCUUGCAAAGAAGGCCGCUGUUGCUGUGAACGCAGCUCGGCAUGCGGCGAAGGGUGUGGCUGUCUCUGGCAGCAUGCAGGAGGAGAGGAGUUGCAGCUGUUUUGCUGCUGCUGUUCUACGGUUGCUGCCGACUUCUUCGAGUUGCUGCAGUAUCUUGCAUGUCAAAGGCACUCGGUGGCAGAUGCGACAAGCCUGCCAGGAAAGGCCGCCUCGAACCAGCAGAGCAGCGCCUUGGCCUUCUUGGCAGCGAAGGGUCUGGUGCUGCUGCCUCAGCCGGCGACUUGGGGAGUGUGGCAAGGAGAAAAUCGAAGCACGGCAGCUUGUGCCGCUCGGGGAUGCUGCAUUCGCUGGAUGCCACCGUCACAGACAGUCUUUCGGCUGCCAGUGGGAGCGCCUUUAGGAGCUUUUGUCUCGGGGGGGUGGCCCUUGGAGGACUUGUUGCUGCUUCUGCUGCGAGAUUCGCCUCGUGCUGAGGCAUCUAUUUCCGGGAGGUUAGAGGCUGCGCUUCCCCCAGAGACUUCGUCGCAACAGGAGCAGCGUCUCGCGUUUUUGGAGGCUUUCUUGUUGUUGGAUCUACGUGUUGCCGAGUUUCCCCCUCUAGAAGCCUGCAUUGCAGCCCUUGUGUCUGUGGCGCAUGAAGCACGCCGGCUGUCUGGGUGUGCGGCAUUUGAUGAAUCGUCUUCGUCUACAGCAGCAGCAGAGGACAGCCCAAGUCGGCUUGUAGCUUCAAAGGAUUCUCCAGCAGGAAAUCGGUUGGCGGGAGCAGGUGCAGGAUCUGUGGCAGGAAGGACAGGGUGCACGGGCUCCCAGGAUGCGGGAGGCUGCGGCGAGUUUCUCCUGCCGAUUGUUGCUCUGCUGUUGCAUGUGGACUCUUGUUGCCGAAAGACAGGCGCAAGUCUCGUGCCUCUGCUGCACGGGCUGUGCGUCAUCCCGUGUCUGCGACUGGCCUGUCUCUCAGCACCGUCCGAGUUCGAGGAGGCUGGUCGCACUCCUGUUGCUGCUGCUGCUGCUGCCGGGUGUGCUGCUCGUGCUCCCCUUCACGUCGUGCAGUUUGGCCUUCUCCCGGUGGGAACGCCGCUGUGGCUGCGGCUCUCCCCGAGUGACUGCAGACUGUGGGAGUCUUUGCGGGAGGGCGGAGUUGCCUCAGCGGCUGGUGAGAGUCGCAGAGGAGGGAGGCGGGGGCAGCGGGGCUGGCGAGGAGCGCAGCGUGGCAUGGAUGUUGACCCUUGGGGAUGUGCAGAUGCUGCCUCUGCCUUUUCUGACGCGCCGCAUGUGGUGUGGUGUUGCGAUGCUUCGUGUGACUGGGAGAAGCUCGUGGCUGCUGCCGCUGCUGCUGACUGCAGUGCAGCUAGGGGAAGCGAAUGCUGUUGUCGUCUGUGUGGGCCUCGCGCGGCGUAUCGCAUGCGGAGAUAUCAUGGGCUGCAAGGGGGGGCGGCUCGCGUCUCUCAGGCGUGGCUCGAACUGCUGCAGCAGCGGCUGGGUGCCGAGAGUCUCCAUAGUGUCUGCUCCUCGCAGCUUACCGCUGAUCCUCCCUUCGAGCUCGGUGAGCGGGGGAGGGCGUUGAGAGGGCUAGAGGUGAAGUCUCUCUGCAUGGCGCUUGACGGGCAGGGCAGCAGCACCGGCUACGGGUUGGUGCUGCACGGGCUGAAGCAGCGGCUGCUUGCUGUGCUGCUGCCAGCUGUGAGGCGCUUCCUGCUACACCAUGACCCUUCGCGGUAUGUGGAGCUGCAGAGACAGUGGCUGGCUCGUCAGAAUACUGCCGCGGCAGCGGCAGCGGGAGCACCGGCGCCGGGGAGGCCCUGCUGGCUGCAGCAAGUGCAGCGUCUCUUGAUACUGCUCUGCAGGAAUCUCCGCCGUACCAUUCGCCACAUGCCCUCUGGCGCUGUUGGACGGUGGGAUCCCUGCCCAGCGGCACUCCAGUGGGAAGGUUUGCUGGAAGGCGAGGGUGGCGAGUUGCCUGUCGCCAGCGUUGUUUCCGGUAGCAGCAGCACGUGUGGCAGCGGCAGCAGCAGCAGCCACAGCGUGGACGCGGCAUCCGAGAAUCGGUGGGAGACAGACUUUCUGGGGGCAGAGAACGUGCCCCUUCUACUGGCCUGGAACGUGAGCGACGAGGCUCUGGGUAGUGCGCUUGUGGGCCUGGAGGCAGCGGAAUCUGGCGGCAGUCGCUCACCAAGCAGAGCGCAUGCUGCAUUUGAUGCAGCUUACGUGGACCGCCUACAGGAACUCCUGCUGCCUUCGCUUCCUGGAGAGGUCUUUGGGGAGUUUUCCCGCCUUUUCUCCCUCACGGGGAAGGUAGACGCCUCGCUCUCCGCCUUUUUGUUGCUGCUGUACGCGAAGGCUCAGCAUCGGCUGCUGCAGUGGUUGCUCCGUCCGCCUUCCUGUGGAAUUCUCAACUGGCUAAGGGAGCUUCAGCGGGGCACCAGCGUUCUCGGCUUCAGGCUGUGGACCGUUGCGGCAGCGUCGAUUGUGGGAGCUGCGGUGGAGGAUCACCUCGCAGCAGACUGUCUCUGGACGGGGGGGCCGCUUGACACCCUGGAGCUGCAGCAGCAGUGUCUUGCAGAGGCAGAAAGGAGGGCUUGGAGUGCCGACAGCAGCAGCGUUGGUGCUGCAGCCGCCUUCGCUGGUGUCGGUGCUGGCAAGACUGCAGACACCGCAGUCCUGAACAAACAGGCACUCUUGACGGUGCUGAAGGAGGAAGCACAAGCGGCUGAGAACAAACGGCAGAGCUGCCAGGACGCUAACUUGCAGGAGUCCCCCCUGUGGCUACUGAGAGAUGCCUGGUUUGUCCUUACGGCGACUGACGGUGUCUCCACAGGUGGCAGCGGUGCGGAGCCGUUUGACAAAACAGCGGAAAGCAUGUCGCAGGAAGAAAUGCCGCGUAGCGAUCAAUUGGAGGGCGGGGAAGCUAUUGUUGUUGACUCGGUGGACGGCAGAGACGCUUCGCCUGGUGUUUCGCCGGCUAAAAAAAGGCGCCCUUCAGAGGGAGUUGGUGCUGCACACAGCGAGAUCCUUAAAGAUGGCGAGGGACAGUUGGCUGCGCGGGAACAUAGAGGAGCCGGCAGCAGCUGCAGCAGCAGCAGUGACUCUAGUGAAAGCGAGACUGAGGAGGAGGCGGUUAUGCCCACGGACGCUUUGGGAUGGACUGAGGAAGGGGGGGAUCGUGUAGCGAGCUCUCAUCUUGCAGACUCUCUCCAAGCAGAGGACGCUUCAAAGGAGCGCUCACGGGAAGAGGCCCUAUUUGGAAGCCUUCAUCCCUUUGGCAAGGCAUCAGCGUAUGAAGACUCCUGCAGCGUGGACGCGGAGGGAAAACAGGGGCAGUCAAGGCAGGGGAACUUCCAGGAGACUCAAGAGAAAAACCCCGUGGUGGCUCUUGGGGAGUUUGAAGCACAGGCUAUUGACCUCCACCAGCGGGACAGAGACGCAGCAGAGCCUUUCCUUGCGGGGCCUUCUACCAAUACCAGCAAGGCAUCUACUAUUGCGGCACGGCGAGGAGAAGCUCUGGUGUACAUGUACUUGCAGAGGCAACUGCAGCAGCAGUUGGCUGCUAAGACGGCGCAGGUGGUGUGGCUCAAUGAGGAGCAGGAGGGGGGGCAGAGCUACGACAUCCUCAUCCAAGAGUUUCCUCCUGUAGGCUCGACUGCAGCCCCCCGCACAACCUUCGUGGAGGUGAAGAGCAGCUCAACAGCAGACAAGCGCUAUUUUGAGAUAUCUCAUAGAGAGUGGAAUCUGGCGCAACAACACGGAAAUAGCUUUCACAUAUACCGGGUCCUUGACGCGAACUCUAGCAACCCCCAGAUUUUUCGGAUUGUCAAUCCUUAUCUGCAAUGGAAGCAAAAGCGCAUCGGCUUGUGCAUUGCAAUUUAG